CAUCCCGCUCACUAUGUAGUGUGUGACGUCACCGCAUCCAGCUCACUAUGUAGUGCACACGGUGCUAAUAUUGUGGUUUGAGUUACGGCCGCUAAUUGGUGAGGCAAUUUAAACCAGGUGUGAGUCAUGGCGGAGCAGGACGAGGACAGUGUCCACACUAAACGCAGUAAGACCCUGAUUGUGAGACACCUUCCUGCAGACCUGAGCCGUGAGGAGAAAGAGGACCUGCUGGUGUAUUUCGGCGCCUUGUCUGUGCGCGUUCUCUCCGAUAAAGGCCCUUUAAAACACACCGCUUUUGCCACGUUCUCUAGUGAAACAUCAGCGUCGAAGGCUCUGAGGAGACUCCAUCAGUUGAGGAUUCUGGGCCACACGCUGGUUGUGGAGUUUUCAAAGGAUCAAGAUAACACGGUCGUGCUGAAGAGUCCGAAGGUUUCCGACAGGUUUGCUGAUGAUCCAAAUGAAAAGGAGAAGAAGGAGAAUCAGCAGCCGAACCUUCCUCUCAUCGACAACGGCAUCGCUCCCUCUCUCGGGUUAAAUUUCCAACCAAAUCCGACACUGAAAUAUUUAUACCCUGUUCCAUCGAGUGCCAUCCUGACAAACAUCACACACACACUCCUGAGCGUGCCCAAGUUCUACGUACAGGUUCUUCACCUGAUGAAUAAGAUGAACCUGCCAUGUCCGUUCGGACCCGUAACCACCCCUCCUCCUGCGUACACAAUAGCUCACGACUGGAUGCCCCACAUGGUCCCGCCUCCCCCUGUGUUACCCCCGGAGAACCCCCCGCUGCCUGAGGGCACCAGCGAUGAAGAGCAGGAGUCGGAAUACGAGAGCGGAGAUGACGAAGAUAAAGAGAGGAUGAUCAGGAUGAUGGGGCUCAUUAACCAGCCAUGCAAACGACCUCUGAGAACAAAGAUGGCUGCCACAAGGAAGAAACCCAAACUUAAGGACCUGUUGUUUACCCCGAAACCUGAAUCACACAGCGCUCCCGGUCCCACUCUGAGGCCCUCUGACGUGUUCGAGCAGCCGCUCCAUCUCGGACCCAAGAAGAUCGAGUUCCACAUCCCGGCCGAGACGAGCGCGAGGGCGCAGGAGGAGGAGGAGGAGGAGGAGGAUGAGGAUGAGAAGGAGACUCAGGAGGAAGCAGCAGACUUGGUGGAGCAGGAAGCAGCAGGGUCAGGAUUUGGGAAGCUGUAUCCCAGCAUACAGAGCUGCAGAGAGGAGGAGAGUGGAGAGAAAGAGGAUGAAAUCCCCUCUGAGUUCAUCACCAGAAGAGAGCUAGAGAAAGGCCGACUCUCCAGAGAUGAGAUGAAGAGGAUGUCCGUGUUUAAGAACUAUGAACCUGGAGAAGCGACGUGUAGGCUUUAUGUGAAGAACAUCGCCAAACAAGUGGAAGAAAAAGACCUGAAAUAUAUCUACAGCAGGUACAUCGACACCUCAUCAGAGGAUGAGAGAAACAGGUUUGAUAUCGUUUUAAUGAAGGAGGGAAGAAUGAAAGGUCAAGCCUUCAUUGGGCUUCCCAGUGAGAAAAGUGCAGAGAAGGCCUUGAGGGACACGAACGGAUACGUCCUACACGACAAGCCCCUAGUGGUCCAAUUCGCUCGAUCGGCGAAACCUAGACAGGACACGACGGAUUCCAAGGCUGGAACAAAAAAACACUGAGAGGGGAUGUUGAAGUGACGUCAGUCUCGACUCCGCAGCACUGUGUAUCCUUAACCCUGCAUAUCCUUUCAGACCGAUUCUACACAUUAUUAUUAUUACGUAAUAAAAUCAUUUAGCCACGGUGUUUACGUACCUUGUUGUUUUUAGCUCCACGUUCUCUCACUUGUAAUUUCAGCUCCCAGGUGAAGAAGCUCCUCCUCAGUAUCUUCAUGAGAAGUUCCUCGGUUCCUCACUUUCUGAGUCCAAUCUUCACUUAUUAUUACUGUGUCUUUAAUGUAACGUGAUGAAAUAAAGUAUUUCACAUCA